CUUUAAUUCUAUCUCUUCACUCCACCAUCUUUUUUCUUUCUAUUAUCCUCAGCAAUGGCGCUAGCAUUAGCCAUCCCAGUACUCCCAUCACUCUCCAUCAUCAGCAAUACCCUCCAUUGUUCGAACCUCAGAAGCUCUCUAUCUUUUCCCAUUAUCACUUCUCAUCCAAAGGUCGGGAGUUUGAGCAUAACGUGCGUGCGUGUGGGAGGAGUAGAAAUACCCAACAACAAGAGAGUGGAAUUCUCGCUGCGGUACAUCCAUGGGAUUGGGCGAAGCAUUUCAAAGCAGAUUCUCUGUGACAUUGGCAUGGAGAACAAGGUGACCAAGGAAUUAUCCGAAGAAGAACUCACAUCUCUCCGUGAUCAAGUCUCCAAGUACAUGAUUGAAGGCGACCUAAGGAGAUUCAACGCUCUUGCAAUUAGGAGGUUGAAGGACAUUCAAUGCUACAGAGGGAUACGACAUAUUAAAGGCUUGCCAUGUAGAGGACAACGCACAAAGAACAAUUGUCGUACUCUGAAGGGGAAGAGGGUGGCCAUUGCAGGGAAGAAGAAAGCACCUCGCUAAUUUAAUUAAGAUGUAUAAGCAUGGUCAGUGGCUGAACAGCAGUCUCUACAUAUGUCAUUGUUGGUUGGUAACUUGGUAUAAUAAGUACAACCCACCCCAAUUUGUGCUAUAGCUUUAAGUAUAACCCACCCGAAUUUGUGCUAUAGCUUUACCAUAAGUAUAACCCACCCCAAGAGCUACAUAUGUCACUGUUGUUUGGCAACUUAGUUUAAGUAUAACCCACCCCAAUUUGGUGUAUGAACAUCUUUUUCGCCAAAAUAUCGUCUUGUUUUGUGCUGUAGUGCAGCUCUUGUGGAAAUCUGCAAUAGGGGGGAUGCAUGAUGCAUCACCUUUGUCAUUUAAAUGGGGUCAUGGUUUUAUAUCCAUAUCUCUUUGUUGGAUCAUUUUCCUCGCACAGG